UGAAUGUUAAUGUCCGGAAUUCCUGCAUCAGAAACUGUAAUUGCUGAGGUUCUCGUUGACCAGCAUUCAGAGGAAUGAAGACAAAGGCAGAGAUGGUGUGCCUAAGAAACUUCAAAAGGUGUAGACCUCCUGACUGAAGAGUAGUCCAUCUGCUUUUCUCCCUUUUACCAUUGUAUUGCUGUCUCCUUCUAAGUGAACACCAUGCUCUCACUAUCAGAGCUCAAGUAUAUAGCAGACUCCCAGUCAUCCUGUCACAUAUUGAAACCGUGGUGGGAUGUGUUCUGGUACUAUCUCACCCUGAUUAUGUUGCUGGUGGCGGUGUUGUCUGGAGCUCUCCAGCUUGCUGAUACCAAAAUCUUGUGCUGUCUUCCUUGUAAAGUAGAACUCAACGAUCGUUGUGUAGUGCCUUUGGAUAUGUUUAAACUCAACAGCACCCCCUCGAAUUCUGUGUCCCAAGUGACGCCACCCAUCCGGAUCCAGAACGACCUUCACAAGCAGCAAUACGCCUAUAUUGACGCGGUGUGCUACGAAAAGCAGCUCCAUUGGUUCGCCAAGUUCUUCCCUUACCUGGUGCUCUUGCACACCCUCAUCUUCGCCGCGUGCAGUAACUUCUGGCUUCACUACCCCAGCACCAGUUCUCGAAUCGAGCAUUUCGUCUCCAUCCUCCAUAAGUGUUUUGAUUCUCCCUGGACCACUCGCGCCCUGUCAGAAACCGUAGCUGAACAGUCUGUAACUGUCCCCCUCAGAAAGUCCAGAGUUCUUUUUUCACCCUCCGGCUUAUCUACCAACAUCAGUGCUAGCAAGCAGUCGUUACACAUCGGGCAGCCAAACAUGGAGACCGGUCUCGAAAGCCCAACCUCCAGCGUCCUGGACAAAAAAGAAGGGGAGCAAGCGAAAGCCAUCUUUGAAAAAGUAAAAAGAUUUCGAUUGCAUGUGGAGCAGAAGGAUGUCAUCUACAGAGUGUACAUGAAGCAGAUCAUAAUCAAAGUCAUUUUAUUUCUCAUUAUCAUAGCUUAUGUCCCAUAUUUUUUGACCUAUAUCACCCUAGAAAUCGACUGCCCCAUUGACAUGCAGGCCUUCACAGGAUAUAAACGCUACCACUGCGUCUAUGCCUUAGCAGAGAUAUUUCAGGUACUCGCUUCGUUUUAUGUGAUUAUGGUUCUAUUCUACGGCCUCACCUCUUCGUACAGCUUGUGGUGGAUGCUGAGGAGUUCCCUGAAGGAAUACUCCUUCGAGGCGUUGAGAGAGAAAAGCAACUACAGCGACAUCCCCGAUGUCAAGAAUGAUUUCGCGUUCAUCCUUCACCUCGCGGACCAGUACGAUCCUCUCUACUCCAAGCGCUUCUCCAUAUUUCUCUCAGAGGUGAGCGAGAACAAGCUGAAACAGAUCAACCUCAAUAACGAAUGGACGAUGGAGAAGCUCAAAAACAAGCUGGUGAAAAAUUGCCAGGACAAAGUGGAACUCCAUCUCUUUAUGCUGAAUGGGCUCCCAGAUAAUGUCUUUGAGCUGACUGAGAUAGAGGUGCUCACUCUUGAGCUGAUCCCUGAGGUCAAGCUGCCCCCCGCCAUCUCUACACUCGUCAACCUCAGAGAGCUGAAUCUUUAUCAUUCCUCCCUCCUGGUGGACCGCCCCGCACUGAACUUCCUGGAGGACAAUUUGAAAAUACUCCGCCUGAAAUUUACGGAGAGGGGCAAGAUUCCCCGUUGGAUAUUUCACCUAAAAAACCUCAAGGAGCUUUAUCUGUCCGGCUACAUUAUAUCUGACACCCUGAGCACCUUGAGUGCGGUACAGAGCCCCGCUCCAGGCUUUCAGGACCUCAGGAACCUGAGGACACUGUACUUAAAGAGCACUCUCUCCCGGAUCCCCCAGGUGAUCACCGAUACGCUGCCGGCACUGCAGAAGUUGUCCCUCGAUAACGAGGGAAACAAACUGGUGGUGUUGAAUAAUUUGAAAAAGAUGGUAAAUCUGAAAAGCCUGGAGCUCAUCAAUUGUGAUUUAGAGCGUAUUCCUCACUCCAUUUUCAGCCUCAUCCAUCUGCAUGAAUUAAACUUAAAAGAAAACAAUCUCAAAACCAUCGAAGAGAUCAUCAGCUUCCAGCAUCUCCAGAACCUUUCGAGCUUAAAACUGUGGCACAAUCACAUCGCCUACAUUCCCGCCCAGAUAGGUGCCCUCUCCAACCUAGAGCAGCUCUACCUGGACCACAACAAGAUCGAGAAUAUGCCGCUGCAGCUCUUCCUCUGCACCAAACUGACCCACCUGGAUCUCAGUUACAACAACCUGACCUUCAUUCCCGAGGAGAUUCAGUUUCUGACAAACCUGGUGUAUUUUGCGGUGACGAGCAACUAUAUUGAAACGUUGCCAAAUGGAUUGUUUCAGUGCAAAAAGCUGCAGACCUUACUCUUGGGGAGGAAUAGCUUGAUGACCCUGCCCCCUCUCAUUGGGGAGUUGACAAACCUGAUACAGUUGGAGCUCGUUGGAAACCACCUGGAGGUCCUCCCUCCAGAGCUGGAGGCGUGCCCGUCCCUGAAGCGGAGCUGUGUGCUUGUGGAAGAAAACCUGCUGAAUACCCUAUCUCCUCCCCCCACAGAAAGGUGGCACAGUGGAUUGAGCUCUGGGUUUGGAAAUCAAGAAGACCAAAGUUCAAAUCGACCUUCAGGCAUUUAUUAGCUGUGUGACCCUGGGAAAGUCACUUAACCUUAUUUGCCUCGGUUUUCUCAUCUGUAAAAUGAACUGGAGAGGGAAGUGACAAACCAUCCUAGUAUCUGGGCCAAGAAAACCCCAAAUGGGAUCAUGAAGAGUUGGGCACGACUAAACCACAAAAAUAAAGACUUGCAUUAGCACUGGAGUCAAUGCUAAAUAGAAGAUAGAAAGUCGUGGGUUGGGAAAGAGUGUGGGGAGGCUUUAAGGCUUUAAGCAUGCAUCUGUUCUAGUGGAAGCCAGAGGGAACCUGCAUGACGGAUUCUGAGGGAAUUUUCCUAGAGUUCUAGCACUCAGCACAAUUUAAUGCAGAGGUGGACACGGGAAGUGACUGGUGACCCUUAAGUGCUAUAUAUUGGUCCCUAAUAGAAUUACAGCUAGAAGAAUGCAAAAGUGUGUUUGUACGUACAUGUAAUAAAGAUAUGCAUAAAACCUAACCCUUGGAGAAGAUCUCUAAACACUCCCAACAAACUUUUCUCAGUGAAAUAAUGCACCAAUGUUGAGAAAUGCAUUUUGGGGAAAUGUUUGUAAUAUUGUGAUUGCCAGCGUUUUUUGCUCUUUAAACAAACAAGCAAAAUCUCUGGAAAAUGUGUAGUUGAAGAUAAUUUUUUUAAAAUCUGGUAUGAAGUCUUUUCCUUGGAAAUGAGUUCUUUAAAAAAAAUAUGCAUUUUAUAAUGAUUUGACAAUCUUUUGUCUCCCCUCCUCACCCCAAGUUUUCGAUGGAAACCUGAUUUUUGCUAGACAUCCAUUUCCACCAACUACAGCAGUGUUUUGAUAAAUUCUUUACAAGUUUUAAAAAGUUUCUUUUCUUGAAAAAAAAAUAAAAAGGCAUUUAUAAUGAAAAAAAUAAAAUUGGAUUAAAUGUUCAAAGAA